GGGAUAAAGAAACAUACGCAGCACAAUGUCGAAGGCAAGUUUUGAAAGACACUGGAAAAAAGACCUAACGUGCAUCCUGGAGGAGCUGACGGAUGAUCAGUAUCAGAAAAUGUUGGAAUGUUUGGACAACAUCCCUCAACAGAAGAAAAGUAGCGUUAAAAAAGCAGAGAUGCCCAAAGUCAUCAUUGAGCACCUGGGAGUAAACGAUUCCAUCCUCGCCAUCUGUGAGGCUAUGGAUCAGAUUCCGAGGAAGGACACGAGGGUCCAGGAACUGCUGCGCCCUUUUGUGCACAGAGUUGAAAAUAAACAACAGAAGAAGAGAAAGAAGAUGAACGGGACCCAUGACAGUGACUCAAACGAAUCAGAGGAGGAACUGAAGCCUGUAGCCGGGAAGAAGAGGAAACGUGAAAAUGACUCAAAUUUAUCAGAGGAGGAGCAAAAGUCUACAGCUGGACAAGAAAAGAGUAAAGUGGAGACUGAUUCUGAUUCCACAGAGGAGUCUUCAGUUGAGGAACAGACAAAGUGCCAACCUAAAAAGGAGGAAAAAAAGCCGUCAUGGAAAAUAUCAAUUUAUGAUAUGAUCUCCAGCAGUCAAAAUGAAACAAAAAAACCCAUAGCUGGAAAAGUUCUUCAAAAAUCUGGUCUGCGCAAAUACGACACAAAAAUCAAGCAGGGAAAGUUUUUCUUCUACCUUGGGAUCGCUGAUGAAACGGACUGCUACAAAGUGAUGGUGUAUGGAAAACAGAAGUAUGACAAAUAUGAGGAGGGGAAGUGCUACUCGUUCAGAGAUAUAAUUGUGGACAGGGAAUGGAGUGUCUUCAAAGUUACCAGACGGAGCACAAUAUCAAAGACGAGCGCUAUUAACGUCCCAGAAGACAUCCAAGUGAAAGCCCAGACGCUCCUUUACCCCCAUGCUCCAGUUUGCUCCAUCGCAGAUAUCAAAGCAUCCUCGGAAAACACACCAGUGAGUGUUGACGGAGUUAUAAAAAAGAUCAAUGCUGCUGAACGGGUUGAUGUGGAGAAACAACAGAGGAAGACAAGAAGGCAGGAGUUCUGCCUCAGCGAUGGUGAAGAUUCAAUAUUCAUCAGCCUGUGGGGUGAACACAUCCAACAACUCCGUGGAAAAUCUGAAAGAGACUCUGUCAGGGUGACCAACGUGAAGACCAAACACUACUAUGGAACGACCACACUGAACUCCACUUUGUACACCAGAAUUGUCACGGUCCAAAGUGCACCGGUUCAAAAUGUCUCCAUUGAAAUAGUCGGUGUCAUAAAGGCGGGUAAGCUGAAGACUCACCUGGAGGCAGAGUUGAAUGAAGAGGUGCAGACGUUGGUCGUAGGAUCGAAACAUCUGGCGGCAGCAUUUGGAAUCACACUGGACGAAAACUUUGAAGAAAAGCUCCUGGAAAGAAUCCCCCUCUCAGCAAAAGCAGAAAUAAAAGGAAGUAAAAUAAAUGCAAUUACAGCCACUGAAAAUGUGUAGCUUCUGGAUUAGAUUGGGUUUACGCAUCCACCAUGAAAAAUCCCUCCUGUAAACUGAUAAACAUGUAUAACUCACACUUGUAUCUGUCAUAUUACAGUAACAAUGUGUGAAAGUGCAUUCACAGAAUCAAAGACCUGUACAUAGAUAAUACAUUUGCUAGUUUUGACAGCUUUCUAAAAAAUAUUCUUUAACUAAUUCUCAUUUUUAUUGCUAUUUACAAAUCAGGGACUUUGUACAAAAGAAAUUUGCCAAUUUUCCAAAUCUGCCCCCUCUAUCCGGUUUGGAUAAUGUCCCAGAGGUCAAUAUGAUGGACAAAGGCAAAGUGUCAAUGAUUUAUGCUCGGAUUUUGGAGGCUCCGAGUCCGUCUGUAUCUCACCUUCAUGAACAGUGGGAAAGUGACAGGGAUGCCACUCUCAGACAAGGAGUGGGACAUGGCGCUUCUUAGGGUCCAUUCCUCCAUUUGUUCAUGACAUUCCUUAAUUCAAUUCAAGAUUUUACAUAGAUUGCAAUUCUCUAAAGUUAAACUUGCAAAAAUAUUCCCCGAUAUAAACCCUAUCUGCGACAGCUGCAAGCAGGCCCCAGCAACAGUAUACCACAUGCUAUGGUCCUGCUCCAAAGUUAUGCCCUUAUGAAACUUUUUUUGAUUUCAUUUCCAAGGCAUAUGGGUGUCGUAUUCAGCCAUCUCCCCUUACUGCUAUUUUCGGUCUCAUUUCAUGCACAGAUGACUCAGUUCCUUCAGCUAACCUAAAAAAGUUGUGGCCUUUGCAUCUUUACUAGCUAGGGGUACCAUUGUCUUCAAAUGGAAGGACUCAUCACCUCCAACACAUGAUCAAUGGAUUAGAGACAUCAUGCUUAAUAUAUAGUUAGAACAAAUUAGGUGCACCCUAAAUAACUAUCAAUAAAUUUUACAAAA